AUGAGCUGCAUAAAUAUAGAUAUAAACACGGAAGAGUACAAUGCAGAUAGAUCCCGCCUGGGCCUGCCGACAUCGUAUACAUAUGCCCCAAUUGAGGCCACUAUUUUCAUGUUUAGAAUUCUUAAGAAACACAUUUCUGUGGAGUUUCUUCAUGACAUGGGCUUACAGUCCACAAGCAAAAUCAAGAGAAUAGCCGAAGCCCUUAUAUACUUCAACCUGCGCAGGCAGAACUACGAAAUCAGCAAGCGGGUCCUCGUGGCCUUGCAUACCGACGCCAGCGACCAUGGGGCCCAAGCCUUGCACACGCUCACAAAAGGAGAAGCAAAAUUUGCAGUUGGAGUGAACGAGUACGCCUGCAACGGAACCUGCAGAGGCUGCAUGCACGGCCUCUCCAUGAAAAUCCUGUCAAUAGGAGCGCUGGAGAGAAUACAGUCAGCCUUCCACAUCCGGGGCCUGCAUCAGAGGAUAGCUCACAGUAUGCAGGAGAAGAGCAUGAAAACUGUUGCCUACGUACGGAAACUCACUCAGGAAAGCAUAUGCUCGCUGGACAGCGCCAUAGACAGAAUGGAGGGCACAAGCCCGGCCAUAAACAGCGACAGCGCAGUUAAGUAUGUGCUGGGCGGAAGGCUGAUGCAGCAGAAACAGAUACAUAACAACAUUGACUCGCGCGUAAAGCUUCUCAUUUUCAUGAAUAGACUGGCUAAGCUAGGGGUGGAUCUCACCGAGUCGAUGUAUGUGCUUAUUAUGCAAG